AGUUCUUGAUAUUGAAAUUGAUACUUGUAUUUCAAAGUUUUCUCCGACGAAAACAACUUUUAUUCGCUUUUUUUGCGUUGAAAUAUUAUAUCAGCGAUUGUUAGAAAUUCUAUAUGAAUCAGAGAACAUACGACGAAAAUAUUCGUACAAAUUCAUGUACAUACACAGCUUUGAAUCAAAGCCUUUGAUUAUAUUUAGUAGUAACCGCGUUUGAUCGCAUAAAAAUGAACCGGCCGGAUUUUUGCCAGUUUCACGUCAAAAAUGAACCGGCCGGAUUUCGACCGGACCGGACCGGAUGGGAAAAAUCCGUCUGGUUCCAACUCUGAUCGGAAUUAUUCAAUUUUCAACAGUAGUGCUCACACAUGUUCAAAUCAUUCAGAGUCUGUUGGCUACAUUCUGACCGUCUCGUCAUUAAUAAUUCCAAAAACAGAUCCCAUCGAAUCUUUGUAAUUAACAAAGCGACGGACGGCUCCGAUAUCCCAUAGUCGAGCGCUCGUAACUCAGCCGGGAACAACUGAAGUUCUUUGUAUCGUCCAAGAUCCAUCAUGAAAUAUCCAUUUUCGGCUUGCUGGUAAAAUCCUUUGACCAUGAACAUACCCACUGUUUCGCGACACUCGGAAAAGUUCUGUCUACUAGCGCUUCGAGAUCCGUCGAUUAGUGUGGAUUCCUAUAGUUUUUCUGCUGUCUAUAAUGAUCUUUGAUGUACUUCAACAAACAUUUUCUCUGUAGAUUAGAGAGGAGCGGAGUCGGAGGCAGAUAAAAAGCGUUUUCGGAAUCGGAGUCGCAGUGAGAAGAUAAAGGUUAAAAAUUUUGGCGCUGACUUUUAAUCCUCAUUUUAAGAUUUUUUUGUAAACAAAAGGAGCAAACAGGUUAGCUGACUUCUUUCGUUUUAUUUCCUUGCUUAGUUAUUUAUCUAUUUCAGCUAAAAUGUCGUCUUCGCAGUAGUCAAUUAUAUAGUAGCGUAUUAUAUUUCGAAAUGCAGACGUUUUAAUCUUUCUUAUUUAAUAGCAAGCCAUUUACCAAAAAAAAUCAACAAUUGAAAUACCAAAUGCUUUAUGAUCAUGAUUACUCUGUGAUACGAGCAUAUAAAAAACCCGUUCAAAAAUUCUAAAAAAUAAACGCAGCUGAGCAUCUACCACCACUAUCAUCUUCAUUAGUAUCAUCACCAAAUUACUUUUUUUCGCAAUACUUUCCGUUUUUUUUAAUUUUCCACACCACAACAGUCGGAAAUUCUAACUUUACACGUUUCGACGGCAACAUGUCAACAACUUUAUAGUUGUCAACCACAAAUUUUGUUCCACUUUUCACUUCUUUUUCCUCUUCUUAUAAAAGAACAGAGACUUUUAAAAAAAUUUCCAUUCAUUUUUUCUAAAAUGUUUUUAAAUAAUAAAUAAUUCUUCUCUACAUUUUUGUUCUUCUACUUAUUCAUCGGAAUAAUGCUACGCUCACAGAGGAGAAAGAAUAAGAGACACUUGGCGGUUUAUUUAAAAAAUUAGGAAAUGAAAAUGAAGAAAUGACUACUUACAAGGUCUAACUGCUGAAAGAAAUGAAUUAACUGCAAAAAAGGAAGGGUUAAAGCAGUCGAGAAGUCGAUUACAUCAACAAUUGUCGAUCAAAGUGUUGGUGGUGGUAGCGGCGGUGUGGAUGGAGAGUAGAAUCAGGUUAACCAAACUGGUAUUCGUGGACAAGGCGGAGAAGGAAGUUCAAUAUUAUCACCUGCUGCAAUUACUGUUGCUAUUAUUGGUGUUGUCGUUGGAGUUACAUUGUUUGUUAAGAAAAAGAAACGACGAAAGGCAGAAAUUGUUGGUCGGUGGCAUUCAAGUUUAAGCAGUAGCAAAUCAGCAUCAGCUGCUGGUGCUGAUGAAAAUGUUUAA